CAGUUUCCCUAUUUACAGUUUUACUGUCUAUCCCCUUCACAAUUUCGUCCUGCUGAAACCUGAACUGAGCUACACUAUCAGUUCGAACUUUGGUUGUUUGGUGUUAACAAUAAGCUUAGCGUUCUCGCUGUAUCGUGGGGUCCCACAUAAGCAGCAGCCAGUGCAACAAACACACAUGUAGACAAGUAGGGCUGCAAAGAGUACUGACACAAAUCCUAUGUAGAUGUAGAUAUCAUCUUUCAUAACUAGGUCUUUAGGCGGUCUGUUAAUUGAGCAUGUGUUUUGUGGAAAGUACUGUCUCUUUGAUACAAGUUACAUAAUAUCUUCUUUGUAAAUAAGAUUGUUAGUAGGAUGUGCUUCACCUCAUCAUCAUAGCAUGGGCUGCCUGAAAUGGGAAGUUGUGAAAAUAGAACUAGAAGAAUCGGAAGAGCCGCUCAAAUACGUUCAAGACAAGCUCUCAAAAUAUGACAGAGAUUCAAAAUAUGCACCCGCAUUUCGUUAUCUUGGAAUACAAAUACUGAUACAUGUGCUAGACUGUGUCAAGAAAAACAGCGGAGAUAAUGUCGCCGAACUGACUCAAAUUGCACUCCAGGUAGUAGACGUGUUUAGGGAGGAAGAAGAGGUGAAGAACUACAUUAACAAACUAGCUCCUCAUCUUAUACUCGCUCUUGUUUCCACCACCAAGAGUAGUGGAGAUGUGGACAGGUUGUGUGAAGUAGUAGAGGGACUGUACGAGAUAGUAUCUAGUUUUGGUAAACAAACCUCCACCAAUACUGUGGUAGCUGCCCUUCUCAAGACGGUCUCAAGGCUGUCACAGGCCAAUAUUGGUAGCGAGAAAGUGUUCAGUAGUGUAGUUCUUUAUCUGCCCCUGUGUGGAGAUUCCAAACCUUUCUCGAACCUUCCUGCUAACGCUCUCAUCAUCGUCAGGGAAAUGGAACCUGAACUAAGAUCCUCUCUUAACAGCAGGUUGUGGGACCUAGUUGAGUGGUGUUUAGAGGAGACGAUAACAUCCAGACUUCCUGAUCUUAUCUUCCUCUUGAUACAGCUAGAUUUGAAAGAUGAUGUGCUGGACGCAGCCCGAGCAGACAGAAUAUUAGUCCUGUACUGUGAGCACCUGUCAUUACACACCCUGACUGCCCUUUUCCAGCUCGUCAGAGACAUGACGUCAUUGAUGACGUCAUCAACUCCUGACUUGGACAAUGUCCAGCUACCAACUCACGGGUACGUGGAGGUAUUCUCUACGACGCACAAGGACACGAUAUGGAUCCUAUUGGCGAUCUGCCAACACCUCUCCUUUUGCCUUCUUCGUUUGGACUGCAUACCGUCUUCAUGGCUUCAGCUUAUAUUUCACGUCAGUACGUUGAUGUACAGGAGCCCCAAAGAAAGUGUCCGACAGAAGAGCUCCCAACUCCUCGCCCACGUGCAUGCGCGUCACGUGACUCACCUGUCUGAGAUUGUUGGGUCAGAAGAAUGCUUUCAGAUUUACAUCAAUCUUCAGAUGCUCACUCUACAAAAUCUCGAAAAAACAACGAUAUCAGAAGAAGAAUUUAAAACAAAGUUGUGUGAAGCGGCAUCUCAAACAGAGUCAGUAUCUCACGAGAUAAAGUUACUGGAACUAGUAACAAUGAUACCGGGUGUUUCACUUUCAGACCAAUACCGACUAAAACUUGCUUCUAUCUACAGAUCUCAGGGACACUUAUCAGACGCGAUAUCCCUGUUAAAAGAGGAUCCUGCUCCUUCCCCUUCCAGCUCUCUUCUACUAGUUUACUGUCUGAUAUCUAAACUGAACUGUGAGCCUGCUCUCACUUAUCUCAACCGGGUGAAAAGCGCAGAUAAAGGGAUCAUGAGUUGUGUAAACGUGCUGAAAACCUACUCAAAAUUUAUCAUAUCCCUGAAACAACGAGAACCUUUCACUCUUCAAAAUCCUAUUGAGUUCUGUCAGGACGCCAAGUCUAUCCUCGAAUCUCACUCUCCAGACGACUGUGUCCUGUCCGUUCUGAUGUUCUUAGCCGGACUCUACGGACUGGACACCGUAGUUGCACGCUGCGCGGCUCAACUCUCGCCACGCCCUGAGAACCUCAUCUCAGUCCUGUCCUCUGUACCAGCUCUGCUAGCCAAUAGAACUAGAGUCACAUGGUCACGUGAUGUCGAUAUACUCACAUCUCCGGAGAGUGAAAGGCACGAAGUAGAGGAGUUAUGGGAAGACACUGCCACACAGACGGACAAACAGACAGACAGAGGGACAGAACAAGCUCUGUUGUGUGGAGUGUGUGGGUAUGUGCUGAUAGACCGAGUACUUGGGGCUGGGGAGGAGGUUUAUCAGAUCAGUGAGAAGUGUACUGCCCUCACUCUGGAAGCUGCUCACGCCAAACUAAAGAGCUGGAAACGCACUACCAUGUCUUCUAGAGCUCUUCUGUGGCAGAAUUGUGCCAUGAUCCCCCACACUCUGCACGUGCUGGCGCGCUACAUCUCCCUCUUAUUCACGUGGGGCUCAAUUCAUCAGGCCACUUUGUACCUAGACAGACUGGAGCAGCUUGCUAAGUUCUCCCGCUCAGACUACUGGAUCUCAAAACACCGGAACCUCUCAGUGUUCAUCAAAGUUACACUACAAACGUCGGUUGCUAAGAUCCCUGCUCCUAUUUCGUGUUCCCCUCUGAAACACGAGCUACUCGACUCAAACAAUGAGUAUAUGUCUCAAUAUCUAGAGUUGGAACGGUAUCGUUCAGCAGAGACUGAAAUAUUGAAAGCAGCGGCCGAAAGGAGCAACCAAGUGGUGCAGACUAAUGGUGUAUCUAGUGUGGAGGAUGGUGUGUAUCCUGUCUUCUCCUCAUCCCUCACUCCCUCUCAUCUCGCCAGAUUAAUCCUUCUGCAGCUGGAACUUUCCUGGUCUAUCGCCCCUCCUUCUCGUGAGUCCUCCGUAGAGUACCAUCACUCCUUAAACAAGUCACGUGAUACAUGGAUAUCCAACAAAUCUUCAAAGAAAGCAUCGCCUACCCACAUGCCUGCAGAACUAGAUGCGCUGUCUCAAGCGUGGUUAUCCAUGUUAUCAGACUGUCAAUCUCAGAUUCCAGGGAGAGUUGAAGAAGAAAGCAAACCAAAACCAAAAGUAGAAGAAGAAAGCAAACCAAAACCGGCAGCCAGGAGAGGUAGAAGUAGGAACAAUUCGAACAGCAAGGCAGCUGUAAAACAGACGACCACAAGACCAACCACAAGGAGACAGGCUGGGAAGAGACAAGCAGCUAGCAAGAAGUCUCAAGUUAAGCAAACGGAGACCACUGAUCAUGUUCAAUUUGGUCUCGAUGCGUGCGAAGGAUUGCAGCCAGUAUUCGUAAAAAGAGAACUGUUGAAACGUAAGAUAAAACGAGCACCACUCUGGCGAGAUGUUGAGCAAUACCACAACAUGCCCUUCAAACAUCAGAUACGUGACGUCAUCAAGAAAAAUAGUGACGUCACGAACUCUAAAGACGACAUUACAAUUCCGGAAAGUUGGACUUUUGCCAGCAUCUUGCAAAUAGAUGGUACCUUGUACCUCGGACAGAAAAGGGGCGGACGAGAGGUUGUCUUUGAAAGAGAACUUCCAUUUUCUCUAAAAUCUGCGGGUGUAGGGGGAGAAAACACGUGCUGUUUGGACGAAAUGAGACGGAUAAUUACCUGUAACGACGACAGUGUCUCUCACUCCACUGAUAAAGUCAAGUUCUGGAAGAGCAGGUACCAGUUAAAUAGCCGGCUAGAGGAAAUGGUUGAAAGACUAGAGGGAGAUUGGUUGGGUCCCUGGAAGGGUCUUCUUCUCGGGUGUCCUGUAGAGGACAAGUAUCGAGAUGUUAUUACAAAAAGUGCUGCUCAGUUGAGAGAGGAUAUCAAAUCUAAAUAUGAGGUGGAGUUGAAGGAGUUUGUAGCAGAGUACGUGUUGGACUGCUACUCUAUCCUCUCAGAAGAGCAUCUUACUGAGGUGUUACACUUACCAGGACUGCCUAUAUCAGAGGUGCUCAGUAUGGUUCAUGACUUGGCUCCUUCUGCUGCCCCCGCCCGACAUCCUACAUUGCUUGCACUUGGUCCAGAGUUGGACAUACUGCCGUGGGAGUCGUGUAAAGUGUACCGGAACCAACCUAUAUCGAGAGUUCCUAGCACCAACUUUGCGCUCACCCUACAAAAGCUCAGAAAACAACCAGUAAAGCUGAACAAGGAGGAGACAUUUUACAUCCUGAACCCGACCCAGAACCUGCCGUCAACCCAAGCAUGUUUUGAGGGAUGGCUGGCGGAACAGGAAGGGUGGCGGGGUGUGGCUGCUAAGCCUCCCUCACUUCCCGAGUACCAAGCUGGAUUGAAGAGUGACAUGUUCCUAUACAUUGGUCACGGAACUGGGAAGGAAUUUCUCGCGGGAAAGCCUAUCCAAGAGUUGGAGAGCCGCGCGGUAGCACUGUUAAUGGGCUGCAGCAGUGGGAAAAUAAAGCACACCCCAGUAGGGGGUACAGGUCCGCCUGUGGAGUACAUGCUCAGUGGCUGCCCCGCUGUGCUCGGUUAUCUCUGGAAUAUUACAGACCGGGACUGCGACAGAUUCUCCAAGAAGUUAUUAGAGCUAUGGCUGGCGGAGGGUAACACCAUCUCACUCCUGUCCCUGAUGAACCCGUCCAGAGAGGCAUGUAAACUACCCUUCUUAGUGGGGGCAGCUCCCGUCCUGUACGGAGUACCGGAUAUUCUCACCGCCCAACGAGAGUAGAGCUUCAGACUUGGUUGUGAGAACAAUACAUAGUUCACUACUUUCAGUUUCACUACUUAUUGAUGAUUACUGAUACAAAAUAAAGAAAACAUUAUUUUCUUUGUUGGGGGACUAUAGUGUAUAAUUUUUUAAAUUUGUUAUUAAAUACUUUUAAAACUUUACAGAGUACAGCAAUUAUAACGUACAAAGAAACUCGACUAAGUUAUUGCCCCCGUCUGUAAAAUCAUUGCCCCCGUCUGUAAAAUCUGUCAGGAGACCAAACACGCACACGCACCAAACACGCACAGUAAACUGCCCGCAAUUACAUGACCCUGAUGUGAUAACAAAUAUGCGAAACAAAAGUGU